AUGAGGUCUUCCACGCUGUACGUAUGCCUCAAUUGCAGGUUAACACUUAGAACACCAAGUCAAAACGCCGCCUUUUCUCGCCGCGUUCUCAGCACUGCGUCAUCUCGACCGCCUACAGCACCAAAGCCAAUCCCCAAUGUCCGACACAUUCGUGAAAAUGCGGAGCUAUACUCCCAAAACUGCAUCGAUCGCAAUUAUAAACCUGUCGCAGACUAUCCGCCGCGAAUACAAUCUUUAGCCAAGGAAGCGUCUGAUUUGCAACACGCUCUAAAGCAUCCACGGGCGAGGAUAAAGCAGGUCGAAAAGGAAAUAGCUAAGCUUGCUACACUUACUGCGCGUCAGUCGCAACAUAAACAGACUGGAAAACAGGAAGAAACGGGACAGGAUGGAGUGACGUUGGUCGAGGAGGCGGAUAACAAUGCAGCACUUGAGGCACUUCGACUAGAAGCAAAGGAGCUUAAGGAUGCCUCCCAACAAAUCAUGGACCGCAGGGAGAAUUGUAUAGAAGAAAUUCAGCAAUUGGCAUUGUCACUACCGAAUCUUACCUCUAAGGACACUCCAAUCGGAGAUGUGCCACGGAUUGUCGCAUACAUCAAUUUUGACCCUCAAUCACCUCCCUCAUAUACCUCACCAGCGGCACACCCUUCUUCUAACCUACGAUCCCACGUCUCUAUCGGAACUGAAUUGGGGCUAAUAGAUUUUUCAAGCUCUGCAACCUCAACAGGGUGGGGAUGGUACUUCCUCACUAACGAAGGCUGUCUGCUUGAACACGCUCUCGUUCAGUACGCUCUCAGUACAGCUCAUAAAAAGGGCUGGAAACCUGUCUCUCCACCGAGUGUUGUCUACUCCCAUAUUGCUGAAGCUUGCGGUUUUCAACCUCGAGAUGCAAAUAACGAGCAGCAAAUUUGGUCUAUCCAGCAGACGGAGAGGGACAGAGCUGCCCAUAAGCCUCAGCGCAGCUUAACAGGAACUGCCGAGAUCCCUCUCGCUGCGAUGUAUGCAUCACAAGAAAUCCAAGCUGGGCAGCUUCCUAUAAAGCUUGUGGGAGCAAGCAGGUGCUAUCGAGCAGAGGCUGGAGCAAGAGGCGUUGAUACCAAGGGAUUAUACCGCGUACAUGAAUUUACCAAAGUGGAAUUAUUUGCCUGGGCUGACAACAUCGAGUGUAAUUCCACGAGCACAGUUUCCAACGAGAUAACAUCGACAACUGUCUUUGAGGAAAUGCUUUCCAUUCAAACAGAUAUCCUCUCCUCACUCAACCUUCCCUGCCGAGUAUUGGAAAUGUCCUCUUCGGAUCUUGGUGCAAGCGCAGCUCGAAAAAGAGAUAUAGAAGUUUUAUUCCCAUCUAGAAUACCGAGUGAUUCUAACAACUCAUCGGUACUGGACCCUGAAUACAGUGGAUGGGGAGAAGUUACUUCUACCUCAAUAUGUACGGAUUAUCAAAGCAGGCGACUUGGAACAAGGGUUCGUGGCAGCGGGGGAGAGUCAAGAUACCCACAUACUGUGAAUGGCACUGCCAUGGCUGUUCCGAGAGUUCUAGCUGCUAUACUGGAACAUGGCUGGGAUGAGAAACUAGGUGGUGUCGUUAUUCCUGAAGUACUGAGGCCCUGGAUGGGAGGAAUAGAGGUUAUCGCGAAGAAUAAAUAA